AUGCCAUUCUUGCACCUUUUAGUCGUCCUCUUCGUGAUCUCGUGCUCUGCGGUUCAGUCACUUGAGGUUCCGUACAAUUACGUCGUCGGAAGUGUAGUCACUUCAUGUGGACAUCCGACUUUUCAUUCGAUCCCGUCUACUCCGUAUCCAGCCGAAAAUGGAUAUAACGUUUCCAUGUGGACUCGCGACCCUAAUGUUCGUUGUUUCCAAACUGUCGGCGAGCUGUUGACUUAUUGUCAAAAAAUAUACGACAGCACACCACACGGUAAAGUGAAUCAAGUUGUUCUCGACCCUUUCCGACACUCUACUCCCAAGCGACCCUUGUAUUCGUCGCUUAUCGCAACCACGAACAUGAGAAGAUACAUGUGUAUGCAUUCUAGCUCGCCCUCUGUCGUUUCUCCCGAUAUGCCACUGGAUUCUUUGGAGCCCCCCUCUACGGUUAAGCCGGCUGUCCACUCUUCCCCGAUGCCUUUUCCGACGUUGAUCGAAGUACACAAAGCCCUCUUCUCCGAACGACUCUUGCGACUGUCCAAUGAGACCAAAUCUAAUGUCUCACAAUUGAUACAUCACAUGAUCACGGAGUCGGAAGGACUGCGUCAUCUGCAUAACCUCAACUCGGUCUCAGCCCAGCACCUGCCUUCCUCCAUGCUCCAGGUUUGUCUUACUGUGCUUUCCUUCGGUGACUCAUCGUUAAAUGACUGUAACCUCUUCAUUAAUCUUAUUGCGUUCUCGGUCGGACGUCGUGGAAGACCGCUUUCGCUGAUUGGGGAUACACUUGUUCCCUUCGCUUCCAUUUCCCAACCUUUAAUGACCGUCCUUAGUUCCACUGCGUUGCAUGCGAGCAACUAUUGGGCAUAUUUUGCGUCGUAG